AUGAGAAUCCUCUGUCUCCACGGAAAAGGCACCAGCGGCCUCGUCUUCCAAACCCAAACAAUAUCCCUCUGCCACUUCAUCCCCAAAAGCCUCAACAUCGAAUACGACUUCGUCGACGGCCCCUGUCGCGACGCCCCAGCCCCCGGCGUCGACCUCUUCUACCCGCCCCCCUACUACGCGUUCUGGAAAGAAGCCACCGCCGACGAGAUCAGCAACGCCCGAAAAUGGCUCAGCGACCACAUCGCCAAAUCCGGUCCCUACGAUGCCGUGAUGACCUUCUCGCAGGGUUGCGCCCUUGCCUCGAGCUUCCUCCUCCACCACCAAAAGGAACACCCCGACCUGCCGCCCCCGUUCAAGGCGGCGAUUUUCAUCUGCGGUGGGCCGGCCCUGGCGGAUUUGAAGAGUUUGGGGUUUGAGAUUCCCGCUGAGACGAUUGAGCGGGACGUUACGUCGGGGAAGCUGCUGGCGAAGCAGGCUGACUCGUCGGCGAUUUUGGCAAGUGGUGCGGAUCGCUGGGCGGGUGCUAGUGGGGUUACUGGGACGGAGGAGGGAUGGCGGAGUGAGAUUAAGGGGGAGCUGAAGAUUGAGAUUCCUACUGUGCAUGUGUACGGUGAGAAGGACCCGCGGUAUGUGGCGGGGGUUCAGUUGUCUGGGCUCUGUGAGGAGUCGAAACGGAUGACCUACAACCAUGGAGGAGGUCAUGAGAUUCCCCGGAAGGAGGAAGUGAGUCGUACGAUUGCUGGAUUGAUCGUGCAGGCUUUGAGACAGUCAUAA